CUGAGCGCGGGCUGCUGAGAUGGCGGAGAGCGGAGUUUCAGUGGGAUCCGAAUCCCUUCAGCUCUACGAAGCCCAGUUCUUCGGCUUCACCCCAGAGACCUGUACUUUACGAGUUCGUGAUGCCUUUCGAGACUCUCUCAACCACAUACUUGUGGCAGUUGAGUCUGUGUUUGUGAAACGAUUAUGUCCAGGCCGGGAUCCACCAGCAGAACUUCGACUGACAGCCCGCGAGAGCACCCAAAAACUGCGGCAGUUUCUACAGGAGCGCUUCGAGAUCAUGUUCCAGCGCAUGAAGGGGAUGCUGAUAGACCGCAUGCUCUCCAUCCCACAAAAUGUCCUCCUGCCCGAAGACCAGAUGCACCAGAAAUACCCAGAAGGCAAGGAAGAGCUCACAAAGCUGCAGGAGUCCAUCGCUAAACUACUUCAGGCCUAUGAAGCUGAAGUUUGCAGCAAACAAGCGCUUCUUGCCGAGCUCGAGGAGCAGAAAGAAACACAGAAACAGCUGGAUGAAGUGCUGAGAUGGAUCGCGGAGCUGCGUGUUUCGUGGAGGCGAGAGGGAAUGGGAAACGUCCAAGAUAGCGUCCGACAUAUGAUAGAGACUGUUGGUCAACUGCAGGACGCGGUAGGGAAGAUCAACAAGCAGAAUAGUGCAUUGGAUGAAGUCUGAUGGUUGACUUCAAGACAAAUGUGUAAUAACAAGGUCAAUCCACCAGGGGGAGACGUCGGCGCACUGUUUAUUUUUUGACAAAAUUGCAUUAACAUACAAGUGGUGCCAUCAGUCCAGCUUCAAAGCGAUACAUUUGUAAUCAGCCGAUUCUUCCCCCUAAAUUUGAAAUGCAGUCGAUCUCCGCUUCCUCAAAGUCGUUGGGUUUUCUCAUUUGCGAUUCAGCGCCUUUGAUGUUGAGAUCUGCAUUAGAUUAGGCCAAAUGUCCCACAGGCCCACACUGAUGUGUCCAGCAGUCUGCUCGGCUUUUCUUUUUACAGCAAGUUUUAUGUCAGCUGAGGAGAUCUUUUAAGGUCUUUGCCUUGAUGUUCAGCGGAGAAGGGAUUUAAAUUCAUAUUAGGACGUCAUUGGAGACGUCAGAGGAAGACCUGAAAUUUUUUUUAGAUGAUCUGAAUCUAAAGUAAAGCACAUGGGUUGAGUUGCUCUAUCAAUUCUAAAUGUAAACAUUAGAAAACAAUGUAGUAGAGUAAUAUACUUGUUUUGAUCACUGUAAAUAACAAUAAAGUACAUUUUGUGAUUCUGUAA